AUGCUCCGUGCCCAGGCAAGGUGAUGGACAGCAGAGCAGAGAUGGAAGUUGUAAGAAGCACAAAGGGGAACCCUGCUGGGGAGGUCAGCGUCCACGUGGUCACCACUGAGAGCACUGUGCAGAGCACCCACCUGCCAACAACUGCCUUCAUCAUACCAGCAAAUGCCACUACCAUCAACCUUCCUGCAAGCACCUUAGAAAUCCAGCGAUUCCCCCGGGAGCCACAGAGAAACACAGGGGCCGAGAGGCCAGAGAGGGGAGCAGGGAACGAGCCCAUCACAGCUACUGUCAUCCCCCAGAUCAGUGGGGUUCAGACCUGCAACACAGUCCGUGUGCUGGAGUGGAAAGACGGGGUGGCUACUCUGCCCGGGAGUAACCUGCGGUUUCGGAUAAAUGAGUAUGGGACGCUGAAGGUGGUGAGUGCCGAUAAGAUACCUCCAGUGGAACCUAUAAAGGAGGGUCACCUAGAGAAAGACAGGGACUCAGAAGUGGCACCCACCAGCAGGGACAAUCCUACCGUUGCUCAGGGUGUGCCAGAGCAGCCUAAGCUGCCAACAGCAGAGAGCAUGUGCCACUGUGAUACCUGUGGCCGGAGACAUGUUUCGGACGGGGCCCGGGAAGGCAGGGGCUUCUGCAGUGAACACUGUCACCAGCAGUUCAAAGAAAGGUCUGUCAUUGUGGAAAACUCUGCUAGCAGCACCAAUGUCACCGAAAUCCUCAAGCCAGUGAAGAAACGAAAGAGGAAGGAUUACCAGAGCCCUUCAGAGGAAGAAUAUGAAUCUGAGCAAAUGGAGGAAAAGCAGGAAGAGCUCAAAAACUCUGUGGGAGACUCUACCAUCGGCAAUCCAGAUGUUGAAGCAUGGAACGGGAGCCAGCAUGGUAUGGAGGGGCUGGACGGGUUGUGGGGUGCCAGCGAGGAGAAGAAAGAAGGCUGGUCUUGGGCGUCCUACCUGGAGGAGCAGAAAGCUGUCGCUGCCCCUUUAGAUCUCUUCCAGGAUUACCAAGUAGCUUCCCAGCACAAGAAUGGCUUUAAAGUGGGGAUGAAGCUGGAGGGGAUCGAUCCACAGCACCCAUCUAUGUACUUUAUCCUUACUGUGGCUGAGGUGUGUGGUUACCGGAUGCGCCUCCACUUUGAUGGCUACUCCGAGUGCCAUGAUUUCUGGCUGAAUGCCGACUCCCCCAACAUCCACCCUGCUGGCUGGUUUGAGGAGACAGGGCACAAGCUCCAGCCCCCAAAAGGGGUUGUAGGUUAUAAGGAGGAAGAAUUCAGCUGGACAAACUACCUGAAGAUAACAAAGGCUCAGGCAGCUCCUAAGCACCUCUUUGUGAUCCGAAACAGUCACGAGGCUCCACCAGGCUUCGAAGUGGGCAUGAAGCUCGAAGCUGUGGACCGCAUGAACCCUUCCCUGAUCUGUGUUGCCACAGUGACGGACGUGGUGGACAAUCGCUUUUUGGUGCACUUUGACAACUGGGAUGAUACUUACGACUACUGGUGUGACCCCAGCAGUCCGUAUAUCCACCCAGUGGGAUGGUGUCAGGAGCACGGCAAACCCCUCACACCUCCUCAAGAUUAUCCUGACCCUGACAACUUCAGUUGGGAAAAGUACCUGAAAGAAACUGGAGCAUCUGCUGUCCCAGCUUGGGCCUUUAAAGUGCGCCCACCUCAUGGCUUCCUGGUCAACAUGAAGCUGGAGGCAGUGGACAGAAGGACUCCCUCCUUCAUCCGAGUGGCCAGUGUGGAGGAUGUGGAAGAUCACAGAAUAAAGCUCCAUUUUGACGGCUGGAGCCACAUCUAUGAUUUCUGGAUUGAUGCAGAUCAUCCGGACAUCCACCCUGUAGGCUGGUGCUCGAAAACUGGGCACCCGCUGCAGCCUCCUCUCAGGCCAAAGGAACCAGCCUCCUCUGCCCAUGGGGGCUGCCCAACUCUGGGCUGCAAGAGCAUCCCUCACACCAAGGGCUCCAAGUACAGCUUUCACCACAGGAAGUGCCCCACACCCGGUUGCGAUGGGUCAGGACACGUGACCGGGAGAUUCACGGCCCAUUACUGCCUCUCAGGGUGCCCGCUGGCAGAGAAGAACCAGAGCAGGCUCAAAGCAGACUUAUCUGACACGGAGGCCUCAGCUCGAAAGAGGAACCUGAUUGGCUUUUCUCAGCGAAAGAAAUCUCGGCACCAUGGGAGAGGGCGACCUCCAAAGUACCGAAAGAUCCAGCGGGAAGACUUCCAGACUAUUUCCUCAGACAAUAUGCACCAGUCGCUCUUCAUGUCUGCCCUGUCUGCCCACCCUGACCGCUCCCUGUCCCUCUGCUGGGAGCAGCACUGCAAACUCCUGCCAGGGGUGGCUGGCAUCACAGCAACAACAGUGGCCAAGUGGACCAUUGAUGAGGUCUUCAGCUUUGUUCAGACUCUGACGGGUUGUGAGGACCAAGCCAAACUCUUCAAGGAUGAGAUGAUCGACGGCGAGGCUUUCCUCUUGCUGACGCAGGCUGACAUUGUCAAAAUCAUGAGCGUCAAGCUGGGCCCGGCACUCAAGAUCUACAAUGCCAUCCUCAUGUUCAAAAACGCUGAUGACACCUUAAAGUGACUUUUCUUGGCCCAACUGAGACCUUCCCUCAGCACCGGUGCUGCCAAACUGUCUGGCCAGGACAGAGAUCCCCCCCACAACAACUCACAGCUUGUCAUGUCCUGCCUAUGCCCUCUUGGAUGUCUCAUCUCUGCCCUCACAGCAGUCCAUCUCCUUGACCCUCUUCCUCUCUCUUUCUGUCUCUCUCUCCGUGCUGCCACUCUCUUCCAGUGCUGGUAGAGGCUGACCUGGCAGAGGGUGGAUGUGGGACUAACCUGCCUUAGCGUGAAAGCCACCCUUAACAUGCUCCGAGCGCGGUGACCGCACUAGCUCAGGGGUUUGUUCAGGGACACUGGAGCAGCACAGAGGGAGCAGGGGACCAAGGGCUGACACCGCUGCUCAAGUAACCGAGGAAAGGGAAGGAGCUGACUACCCACAGGCAUGCUCACACCCAUUUAAAGGCUUGUCUUUCUUUUGCUCAGCAGCUGAGAGAGUUUUUUUACUUUUUUGUCAGCGUGUUCCUCUGUGGGGGCUUAUCUUAACAUAUCUGAGGGACACUCUCUCGAGGAUCUUCUGCUCACUUUGCCUUUUUCUCUCUGACUUCUUGUGACUCCCCCUUUUAAAGCCUGAUGAUAACUUUGCUUUGCCCCUCCGCUGCACUGGGAACCAGUGGCCAACUUCUUGCCCCUUUGGCAAGGGGCUCAGCUGUGGCUCUGCCCAUGACCAGCAUCAGUGUUUUAUUGCCCUUUACUGUAAGGCAGCAGCCCCGGGGCCCCAUGUGGCCGGGGCUGUACGGAUACAGAACAAAGCUCCAUUUCCUCUUAUGCUUCCUGUUGUCUAGGCCAGCACAUCUCUGGGGGAAAGGCUGCUUGGUUAAUUUGUGCCCCUUGUAUAGCAAUUAAAAAGCCCUCUACAAAGGACAGGCAGACCCACUUUAGUCCCCAUGUUAGGGGAAAGGCCCUUUCUAGCGUUGAAGCAGCUGCAUAGGGCAAAAAGCCUCUAUUUACAGAGCUUGGUUCCUAAGGAGUUCUUAAGAUUGCUGACUCUGUCCUGCCAAGCUACCUUCUUGCCCUGUUUUGCCCUUGUGAGGCCCCCUAAGCUUUGGUAUUGGAAAGGUAGGAUUAUUUGCUUUCAUUCUCUAGGUUCCUUCCCCACAGAGCUAAAAAAUUCAGCAGUGGACAGGUUUUUCUAUCCCUUCAGCAGCAUAGCGCCUUUCAGAAAGGGUGCAGGCACUUUGGAAAUGCUCAUGUAAUGCUGUCCCCUGUGAUGGAGUGAAGGCCAAGUAGUCUAGGAUUUUUUUAGCCUGGAAAGUUGAGGUGAGAGGGGGUCCAGACCAGAGUCCCAGGUGUUUUCAGAUAGUGCCCAUGUCACCACCUGCCAGGAGGGAGAGGCCAGGCAGUGCCUAUGCAAUGCUUUUGGGGUCUUUUAUCCCUGCCUGCAUGCCCUCCGUGGGUGAGCACUGGAGCGAGGACACCAGGCAGAGGGACCAGUGGUGUGGCCAUGCAGUGGUUGUGGUUCUGCUGUGAUGCGCCAGGAGGAGGUCAGUGCAGGCUGGGCUGUGCGUGACUGGGGGUGGGCUCCUGGGCCCCUGAGAGCUUUCCACAGUCUGAAAUGGUGUGAUCUGGGUCCUGGAUGCUCCUUAUUUCCCAUUCCCAUGAGUGACAUUUCAGUAGUGAAACACAUCUUUUCCCCUUUCCCAGUGCUCAAAGAUGAGUGAGAGAUCUUAGCAUGUGCACCAGCAACAUGUGUCAGAGCAACACUGCCUUGGAAGCCGCUGUCACACAUGGGUCAAUUCGUGCUAGGCUUCCCAUGGAAAUGUAGCAUUUUGACUUUCUUACUGAAUAUUUGGGGUCACAUUUGACCUGCUCUUGAAAUGUCAGCUGCUUGCUGUUCAUGUGGGGCUUGUAGCUAGUCCGUGUAUUUAUUUUGUCAAUGCUUGGGUUUGGUUUAGGCAGCUCUCCCUCUCCUCUCCCUUUUUGUUUUCUUCCAUCUCUUCAAGCACUGCAGUGUGGCCAGCUGUGGAGAGAGGGUGAGUGGGAAGGAACAGAUGUGUCCUUGAGUCCCACCAUCACUCCCGGAGUCACCCUCAAUCCGUAGUGAAUGGUGGCAAACUUGGUCUCUUCAGCUGUCAGAGAGUAUCUUCAUGGGCUGCUUUGUGCUGGGGGAGAGGAAGAGGAGCUCUAGGACCUUCAGCUGUGAGAUUCUCCAGGUAAACCGUUCUCUGAAACAUCUCCAGGUGUGAUCUGGAUUGGCACAUUGGCUCUCAAUACCCUUGCACAGAACCUGGUCAGUGAGCUUAUAAGGAAAUAUCUAAUGAAUCCUGUUCUCGUCUGCUCCAUUUCCUUAUGCGAAGUCAUUCCUUCUUUUGGGGAAGGAACUAAGCACUUGCCCUGGAUGUGCAGGAAGAAAUUGCUACCAUGGUAUCAGAUCUAAAACCAAUGCAAAGGAUGGAGGGGAAGUCUUUUGUCUUUCCCAGGGCUGCCCCAGAGAGCAGAGGUGGUGGGAUGCUCCCAGGAUCCCUGCUGAAGGGGAAAAGGAGCUGUAAAGCCAAACCAUGGCUGGCCCGCAGGACCGCGUUGCCCACACUGGCAGCUGUUGCUUUGCUGUUGUGGCGACCAAGCCAUACUCUGCCUGGGCCCUGGCAAGAUGGGCAGAGGUGAGUGCUCCAGUCUGUGCUGGCCUCGGGCACCAGAGGGUGCAGCUGGAAGCUGCUCCUAUUGGAUACUGCCUUCCUGAGUUCUCAUGACCUCCCUGUAGGAGCAGAUGCAAACUGACUGAGUCUGCUAUGCAUGGCCACCCUGCUGCAUGGCUGGAGGCAGGGUCUCUAGCUGGGACAUUGCUGGGUCCAAGCUCUGCACAGGGAGCAGCUUGCCAGGAAAAACAGCCUCAAGGGAAGUGUAAAGUGAGAUGUGAGGAUUUCUGUCACACUGGCUCAUCUGCUGUCUCGAGCAUCAGUUCACCUGCCUCUUGGGCUGGUUCCUUUCAGUCCUUUGGGUACAAAACUUCUGAAUUGGUCUAGGUGAGGGAGUUACAGGGUUUGUAGGCGGUCAAGGGCUAUUUACUGUUAAAGCGUAUAACUUUCUUUUUGUUUCCUUAAAAAAAAACAAAAACAAAAAACAAACCCAAAGCAUUGUGUGUAUGUGUGGAUGGGUGGUUGGGGGUGCCGGUGUAGAAAAAUCACAGUGCCAUUUCCUCUGCUGCUGAUCUGACAGUGUUUUACUGUGGUAGUCUCUGCCUGCCACAAGGAUGUAGCUGGGGAGGUGGUAGGCCCUGGGCCCUAGGUAGUUGUGGCUGGGGGAGCAGGUCUCAUUUCAGGGAGCCUCAGGCCCCAGCAGGGAAGCCAGGAGAAAGAAGGGUGGCUGCACUCUGGCUGCAGCGGGUCCUCCAUCUCCAUAGAGCCCCAACCAGGAGCCCCAGGUCAGGUAGCGUUGAGGCAGCUGUGGCCAUGGCAGAAGCACCAAGAGUUUUUCAUUCUUCCCUUGUCGACUGGCCAGGCUCCUCCUGGACACCUCCACUGCCAUGUCACCGAGGAGCUGGAGCAGAUGCUGGGGCUGAACCUGGCCAGCAGGUCUUUUUGAGGCUCUUUUCAACAGAUGCGACAAAGGGCCUGAGUUUUUUCCGUUCAUGGAGGAUUUCUAAGUCAAAUGUAUUUCUUGAGUUGAGGCCCCUGAAGCCUGUGCUCCCACAGUCCUGCCUGUGCUGCCAGAGGUGAGGCUGGCUUAGCUGGGGCCAUGGGAGACUUCCCGCCCUCUUACGGGUGCCGCAGGCACCACUGCCCCUCAAGCCCCGGCCUUGGGUGUGAGGGAGUCUGCCAGGAUGGUGGGUCCAGGGAUGGCUCUGGAUGUGUUUGAGCAGUCUGAGCCUCCCAGGAAGGUGUUUUUCUCUUUAGUGAGAGCCUGAGGUCUCUGCAAGGAAAAGGGCAGGCCUGAGGCUUGGUGAGGAGCAGGACUUUUCUCUGGCCAGAAUGUGGCUGGCUGCCUCUCUCUUGCUCCAGGAGGCCUGAGCAAUUUCUGCAUCAAUCAUAAGCACUUUUUAAAAGAAGAGGAGGAGAAAAAUCCACCUUAUCCAGGAGGGUUGAUGGCUUAGGGCAGCUGCCUCCUGCCAAGGCAAAUCUGUGGACCUGAGUGCAAUCAAGGGAGUGCCAGAAGAGGAGGGAGCUGCAUGGAGAGGUGACUUGGCAGCUUCUCUGCUGUUCUCCUUUACUCCUUUGUUUCUUGGAUAGAGGGGGGUGUCCUGAAUGCAAAGGGAAGGGAAACAGCCAGCGGAUGCAGCCCAGCUCUGUCCCCACUCCCCUCCUCUUCUUGGGCCUGGGGCUUGCUGUUACCUGGUGGGAGGAAAAGGGGGUUGCAUUUUGGAAGGAGUGUGUUUGUGAUGACAAAGCUUUUUUGCACUUUCAUUCAUUUUGCACUUGUUUUUAAUUUCUAUUUUUUGAGUUUUUUGAUAUUUGCACCUCCUCUUUGUGUUUUCAUAAUGGAAAUACUAUUGUUGUAGCCAGUGCAGGUAUUCUAGAACUUUGUGUCCUGAGUAUACAGAGGUUUAAAGAUCUUAUAUAUAUAAAUUUAUGUUUGUACAAAAAUAAAUUUAUAUAUAUAGAUCAGUGUGUGACAUGUUUUGUCAGUGUUUCAAAAUAACAAUAAAUAAAUGUGAA